CCCGCAGUCCACGUCCACCACUUGAGCAGUGCACAUCCGGUCAUUGUUUCAUCGUCGUCGCCGUUCCGUUUCCAUGGCGUCACCCAAGCGAAUCUUUGCCUACGUCGUAACCUUGGCAACCUGCGUUUACUGUAACCAUGAAUUAAAAUGCUCCUCCAAAUGGUUGUCUGGCUACCGGAUUGCGUCUGCGCAACCGCAAAAAACCGUGUUAAACUUGUCGCUAAGGGAAUGUGAGGAGGAGUGCGUGGGGUGGGUGGGGGGAGCACAAAGUGGGUGUGCCGCAUUUGCCUAUGGGGUGCACCCCCCGUACAACAACACGUGUGAGUUGGCCAUAGCUCCGCUGAAUUUGAGGAUAUCGAGGGCCACGCCGAGUUCAAAUAUGUCCCUCGUGGAUAAGUCACCUCCUUGGGACGUGUAUGUCGUGGGGAGGGAGGGCAGGGAGAGGUGUGGGAAAGGGGAGAAGAGCUAUCUCAUGGAGAGGGAUAGGGGUGGGGGUGGGGGUGGGGGUGGGGGGUUGGUUCCGAUUGACUGUUUCUACAGGUUGAUGAGUGGGAAACGCCUCUCAAAAACCCACGCCUUAAAAUCCAUCUCGGUCUCGACGCUGCCCGAGUGUCAGGAUGCCUGCAUCCGAGAAGCGUCCUUCUCCUGCAGGUCCGUCAGCUAUCGCUACAUGCCGAGUGGAUAUUCUUAUCCCGUCGCCAACUGCGAGCUGAGCCCGUUUUAUCUCCAAACGCAGCAGUCGGACCACACCCACCAGUACGACUUUAUCGACGACUUUGACUAUGAUUAUUUCCAGAGGGAGCCUUUCUGUAAGACCACCGCGGGGGGGCAGCAGGGUGGGUUCGGAGUCUGCGCGGUUGUGGUCCGCAAAGGGGGCCGGAUGUCCCUCUCUUUGAUAAAAUCCUCCCACCAGACGUCGACCCCCUCGCAGUGCGAGCACCUCUGCACGACGAGUCUGUUUCGGUGCAGGGCUUUCGCGUUCAGACACACGGACCGGGGGUCCACGUCACGUGGUUACGGGGGUGGGGAGUUCCCCCGCGGGGGGAAUUCAGUGGGUGCGGGGGGUGCGCCGUGUCAAUUGUACGAGUCGGAUUUGAGCAGGUUGCCAAGUUACAAUGUGGAACCGGAUAUGGACUUUGAUCUUUAUGAAAUGGGGAGAUUAAUUGGGGGGGAGUGCAUGCUCAAUGGGCAGUGGGGGGCAGGUGGGGGGAGUGGGUUAGGGGGUGGGAGGUAUAGACCCGUGACGAGUACCAGUUCGAGUUUGAUGGGUGGGGGUGGGGACAGGUGGGGGCAGGGGCAGCAGGGGAGGGAGAGGUACCCUUAUGACCAGUAUGAGAGGUACCCUCCGGGUAGCAGUGGGUAUGAUCGGUACCCCGUGGGUGGAGGUGGGUCAGGUGGGUCCGGCGGGUACUACGGGUCCAGCAGUGGGUACUACCCGGCGGAGGGUCAAACACGUGGAGUGGGUCAAAUUCGGGUUAUUACCCUGGUGGGUCCAGUGGGUCCGGGGGGUGGGGGAACUACAACUCGCGCCCUUACCCCAGUGGAAACCAAGUCCUCGGCCGCUUGA